AUGAAAAUGACGGAACGUCCCGAAGGUGUUAACGAAUUCGUAUCCAAUUUCAGCAAGACAGGUCAUAACUCUUGUGAAGAUGAUAGUUUAUUUUAUUUUGAAACAGAUUAUCUUCCAUUGAAAGGUAAUGCUGACUAUUUAAAACUUAUGAAAAGCUUGGCGAUAUUGGAAGCUCAAAGAAUUAGUGUUUGUAAGGACAUUGAUGGCCUAGAAGAGCUAAAAAACAGAUCUGUUGAAGAACCCACAUUGGUAAAGCAACAGAUUUUGGAAGGAAAGUUAGCAUGUCUGAAUAGAUGUAAAGUUGAAAAAGUUCCUGAAAUAGAUUUCUCCAAGUACAAAUGUUUAAGUUUAAUUAACAAUAAACAAAACCAAUUAUUUACUCGGAGAAUGGCAAAAAAUCAAGUCUCUGUCAAAGAAGAUAAUUCGGGAUCAGAAAUAAGAGUGCGGGGAAGAGUAUAUAAUGAAAACAAACCCCGAACAUUUAAUCAACUGUGGACGGUCGAAGAGCAACUUCGUUUAGAACAGUUAUUAGUUCAAUAUCCACCUGAGCCAAUCGAAAGCCGGAGGUUUGAAAAGAUUGCUAAAGCACUUGGGAAUCGCACUCCACAACAAGUUUGUAGUAGAGUACAGAAAUACUAUAAAAAACUUGCGAAAGCUGGUAUUAGAAAUAAAGAAAUUCGGAAGACAUCUCGCAAAAAAACAGAUGCAUUGAAUGUCCAUAAGCGUCACAAACACUACCUGUAUAGGCCAUCUACAUUUUUCCCUGGAAUGGCAAUGGGUGAAAUGGGAGAAACUGACUCUGAAGAACAAAGUGAUGAGGAUUCUACUGACCUCUCCCAUUGGGCAGAAAUUUAUAAAAAACUUAAAGAAGAAAAAAAUAUGGAUGAGUUAAGGAUAGAGCACAUUGGAUACAAAUGUUAUCAUUGUAAGCAGCAGCCCAUUGUAGGUUUCAGAUGGGAAUGCAAAAGUUGUCCCAAAAUAUCUUUCUGUUCUUCCUGCAUUUCUCAACUUAGCAAGAUGGAACCUCCUCCACAUCCUAUCACUCACCGAUAUCGCCCUUAUGACAUGGCCACUAAUUCAGCAUAUUCUAUUGAAGCUUUUUCUAGUGAUAAUUACCUAGAUCCUAAUUUUAGUAUAUGA